CCAGGUGAACCUCGCCAUGGGGAGCAGCCUCAUCCCCAACACCAUCAAGGAGGGGGAUGACGUCUACUUCGAGUGCAACAUCCACGCCAACCCCUGGGUGUACAAGGUCGUUUGGUACCACAAGGGCGUCCAAGUCCAGCACAACGUGUCUGCGGGCGUCAUCGUGAGCAACCAGAGUCUAGUCAUACAGCGCGUGCAACGUCAGCAGGCCGGCCUCUACACCUGCGUGGCCUCCAACAUCGAGGGCGACGGGCAGAGCAACGCCGUCAACCUCAACGUGCAAUAUGCCCCCGUGUGCAAGACGGGCCAGACGCACGUGUACGGCGCGGCGCGGCACGAGCAGGUGAACGUGACGUGCCAACUGGACGCCGUGCCGCCCGCCGUGCACUUCUACUGGAAGUUCAACAGCAGCGGCGAGGUGGUGGAUAUCCCGGAGAACCUCGUGAAAUCGAAGGACCUGGAGUCGUCCCUGUCGCACAUCGCGAGGACGGAGCUCGGCUACGGAACCCUGCUGUGCUGGGGGAGCAACAGCCUUGGACGGCAGAAGAAGCCCUGCAUCUACAAGGUGAUUCCCGCGGGCCAUCCCGACCCUCCGGAGAACUGCAGCCUCUUCAACCAGACGACGGAGGCGCUGCGGAUACGCUGCUUCCCGGGCUACGACGGAGGGCUGCAGCAGAGGUUCAUCAUCGAGGCCUUCGAAUCCGAGACGGACAGACUGCUCCUCAACAUCACAGAGAAGUCGACCCCCGAUUUCACGCUGACGGGGCUCGAACCGGGAGCGUCCUACCUGCUCUACAUCUACGCCGCCAACGAGAAGGGCAUCAGUGACAAGCGGCGCAUGCAAGGAUACACACUCAGAGACGUAGCCGAGAGGCGCACCGCCCAGGUACGACCUCCUCCCGAAGAGCUCAUGUCGUUCACGCCAAUCAUCGCGGUGGUCGUGGGGGUCCUCGGCUCCCUGGUGCUCGUGGCCAUCACCUCGGUGGUCGUGGUCAGCCUCAAGAGGAAGCGUCGGCGCCCCAGGAACAAGACGGUCGCUCUGCCCAUCCAGACGUCGCUGGCGGACUCGCGCGACCUAGACGACAAGAACCCGGACUUAAUUCCCGCGAACGGUAACAGCGAGACGGAGAACAAAAGUCCCACAACUCCAGAAGAAGGUGGCUUUGGGAGCGUACAUAUCUGUGCCUCCGUGCCCUACCCUAGCAACGUAUACGGUACUUACCCAAGGACGCCACGGACAGUAGCAGCUACAACUUCCCAGAACGGGGAGCUGAUGUAUGCCGAGCUCUCCUUCCCCCGCGGGGGCAGUACCCCCGGGACCCUCCCCCGCCGGAAGCCUGAGCCCACUAUCUACGCCCAGAUCGACCACGGCCUCUCCAGCAACGUGCCGCCCGUGUCCAUGGGCGUCGUGCCCGUGAGCAGCGGCAUCAUGGGCGGCACGAGCAUGUGUCCGAGCACCAGCCUCUCGGGCGCCCCCAUCUGCAGCAGCGGCAUGAUGGGCGGAGGCAUGAUGGGCGGGGGCGGACCGCCCAUCCUGAUGGGCAACCCCGGCAUGGUGCCCGGAGGCAUACCCAUCGGGGACGUGAGCAUCGCCGCCUACACCACGCCCGCGCCGCCCCCGCACGGCUUCGGCGGCCACCCGCUGGCGCCCGCGGUGGUGCCCGAGGAGGACGAGCAGGCCACGGCCGAGACGCCGCUCAUGACCAACCCGAAGGAGAGCGAAGUGUGACCCUUGGACACGCAGGUGUGAGCCGCCCGCGCCUGACCUGGGCGGGGCGGACUCCAGACGCCUGACCUUAGUGAACGGAAACGCCCGACCCUUUGGAACGGGGACGGAAGAGCCCGACCUCAGUGAACGGGAGAUGCCUGACCUUAGUGGAACCGAGCAACGGAACUUUCCCGACCUCGGUGGAACAAGUGAAAGGAACCGCCUGAACUUAAGGACUUGCGUUGGGCGGGAGAUGCUUGACCCUAGUGGAAUGACCUUGUUCUCUGCGGCGUGGAAGGAAAAAGUUUCGUUCAAAGUGCUUCAUUCCGGACCGAAAUGAGGAAUGAAACCCGACACUUUAUUUGUCCUUGCUCUCGUUUUCCUUACAAAAUAUAUCUAAUUAGUGCGAAUAUAGUGCAAGAAGAAGUGCAAGAUUCGACAUGACGGCUGAACACAGUAUUAGAAACUGUUCAUCUGAAUCCAUGUGAAUAGGGCCGCAUCCCUGACCUUAUAGCAUCUUCCACGUAAAAAGAAUUAGUGUUCGACGGAGGGAUCGGACUCCAGGCAUUCUCUACCAAGAGGGUUGAAUCCUUCUUCCGUGCUUUUUAUAUUAAGGACAUAGAGUUCUUGUGUCAACCUUGGCGUAAGUCACAUCAGCUUCCAAAUAAGUGGUAAUCACUUUUUUCCUAUGAAGUGGACACAGUAGUAUAUUUUUCUUGGUUCACACACACACACACACACACACACACACACACACACACACACACACACACACACACACACACGCAC